AUAACCCCACAGACCACAGCUGCUAUAACGGCAGUGGAGACGAGUACAGAGGCACGGUCAGCGUCACGAAGUCGGGUCAUCACUGCCAGCCGUGGAGCGCUCAGUACCCUCACAGCCACCACCUCUCCCAGGAGCACCCUGAACUCUGGGGGAGUCACAACUUCUGCCGUAACCCGGGGGGGGGCAUGCAGGCGCCGUGGUGCUUCACCCUGGACCCCCAGGUCAGGGUGGACCUGUGCGACAUCGAGCCCUGCAAUUCUCCGGAGAGCCCCAGGAAGGAGAUCUUGUUUAUUCUCAUCCCUGCCAUCGCCAUCCCAUUGGUCAUCGCUUGCCUCUUCUUUCUGGUUUGUUUGUGUCGCAAUAAACAAAAGGAAUCAACGGACACUCUCCUCCGCGGCCAGCUGAGCGGAUCACCGAGUCCCGACAUGGAGCUUUCCCAGCUCGCUCAGCAGAAACACCAGGUAACACACAGCAGAUGA